AUCUCAGAGAGCCUGACAUCCAAAUCACAGAGGAACAACAUGGGGAGGUUGCACUGGAACCUGAUUGGGGUUUUGUGCUGUGUUGGAACUGUGUCCUGUAUAAUAAGGGAAUAUUUCAUAGGUAUUAAGGAGAUUGAGUGGGAUUAUGCACCUACUGGGAAGAACCAGAUUCAAAACACAACACUAGAGGAAGAUGAACAUGCAAGGACAUUUUUGGAAAAUGGUGACCUUAGGAUUGGCCGUGUGUAUAAGAAGGCGGUGUACCUCCAGUACACAGACCUUAGCUUCAGGCAGGAGAUAGAGAAGCCCAAAUGGUUGGGCUAUGUCGGGCCUAUCAUCAGUGCUGAAGAGGAUGACAUUGUGGUUGUGCAUUUAAAGAACAUGGCUUCUCGUGCAUACACCAUUCAUCCCCACGGAAUUACUUACAAUAAAUCUCAUGAAGGGGCAUGGUACCCUGACAUGACAGGUAAAGAGGAGAUCCUUGAUGAUGCUGUGGCUCCUGGGAAGAUGUAUAACUAUAUGUGGACGCUGUCUUCCUCUCAUGCUCCUGGAAAAGAUGACACGAACUGCCUGACCCGAAUAUACCACUCUCACGUCAAUGCCCCAAAAGACACUGCCUCAGGACUCAUUGGGCCACUUAUUAUCUGUAAAAAAGGUACUUUAGACAUACAUGGUGACAAAUCAGGCGACUACUUAUACACCCUCAUGUUCACUGUUUCUGAUGAAAACCUCAGCUGGUACCUGGAUGACAACAUCAAGAAGUACUGCAAAACACCAACCAAAGUCGACAAGGAUGAUGAGGACUUUCAGGAGAGCAAUAAAAUGCACACGAUUAAUGGUUACGUCUUUGGCAACUUGCCAGGCCUGAGCAUGUGCAUGGGCAAUAAGAUUCAAUGGCACCUUUUUGGGAUUGGCAACGAGGUGGACAUCCAUUCUGCGUUCUUCCAUGGUCAGAUCAUAAAGAACAGACAGCACCACACAGACACCAUUAGCCUCUUCCCAGCUACAUUUGUCAGUGCAGAAAUGGAGGCGGACAACCCUGGACAGUGGCUAUUGAGCUGCCAGGUUAAUGAUCACCUGGAGGCGGGCAUGCAGGCAAUUUUUGAGAUCAAGAAAUGUUUCCCGGCCGUGCAUAAGCCCAGACCAUUUGGUGAAGUCAGACAGUACUACAUUGCUGCCGAGGAGAUUACCUGGGACUAUGGACCUACACAGGUCAACUACUACACUGGCAUUAAGUUACAGGAUGACAGUAUGGCUGGCAUAUUCUUUAAUAACCGUAAAGAUCGCAUUGGAGGGAAAUACAAGAAGGUCCAGUACGUGGAAUACACAGAUGACACCUUUACCAAGCACAAAGAGAGAACACCUGAAGAGGAACACCUGGGCAUUCUGGGUCCAAUCAUCAGGGCAGAGGAGGAGGACACCAUUAAGGUCACUUUUAAGAAUAAAGCAAGCCGACCUUACAGCAUUCAGCCUCAUGGAGUACAGUACAACAUUGAAAUGGAUGGCACACUUUACCACAAUGUUCUAGAAGAAUCGUAUACUGCGAAAAAGCUUAGGGAACUCAAGAAAGAAGCAAGAAUUGUUGAACCUCUUCCUGCUGCCCUGGUACGUCCUGGCGCUACCUAUAAGUAUGAGUGGGUGGUGCCUAAGGAUGGAGGUCCGACUGAAAACGAUCCUGACUGUAUCACCUACCUGUACUACUCUGCCGUGGACCCGAUCAAAGACACCAACUCUGGCCUGGUUGGACCUCUCCUAAUCUGUAAACCAAAAACCCUCAAAGCAGGCAAACAAAAAAAUGUGAACAAAGAAUUCCACCUGCUUACUACGGCUUUUGAUGAGAACCUCAGUUGGUAUUUAGACGAAAACAUUAACAGAUUCGCAAAACAACCUAAUUCUGUGAAGAAAGAUGAUGAAGAUUUUCAGUUGUCUAAUAAGAUGCAUUCAAUCAAUGGAUACAUGUAUGGAAAUCUCCAAGGCCUGAAAAUGUGCAAAGGAGACAAGGUUUCUUGGCAUCUUUCGGGUUUGGGAUCAGAGGGGGACAUUCAUGGACUUUACUUCCAUGGCAACAGGUUCCUCUACAGAGGAACAAGGAGAGACACCAUCACCGUAUUCCCUCAUGUCUCACAUACAGUCAUCAUGGAGCCAGACAGCAUGGGACAAUUUGAGGUGACAUGCAAGAGCGCUGAUGAUAACCAUGCAGGUAUGAGAGCGAACUACGUAGUGGAGAAGUGCAGUUUCUGGAGCAGGCAGUCAGAGAUCAUGCUCCAUCAGAAGAAAUAUUACAUCGCUGCUGUAGAGAUGGACUGGGAUUAUUCUCCCAGCCGCACCUGGGAGGAGAAAAUGUUUCACAACCUUAAGGAUAGCCCAGGUAACACAUUCCUUAAUAAAGGGGGCAAAUUUAUUGGCUCCAAAUAUAAGAAGGUCCUGUACAGAGAGUACACUGAUGACACGUUCACUAAGCCAAAGGACAGACCUGCUGAUAUGGAACACUUAGGAAUUUUGGGUCCUAUGAUUCAUGGAAAUGUGGGAGAGAAAGUAAAGGUGGUUUUCAAGAACUUGGCCAAGAGGCCAUACUCUAUACAUGCACAUGGAGUAAAGACGGACAAUCCUGAAGUCACUCCAACUCAACCAGGUGAAACUCAGACAUACACCUGGUAUAUUCCUAAGACUGCUGGCCCAACGUCUGAACAGGAGGAAUGCAAUGUUGGAGCUUACUAUUCAAGUGUAGAUGUUAACAAGGAUUUGUACAGUGGACUGAUUGGGCCGCUGGUAAUCUGUCGGAAAAGUCUGCUGAGGACAUUGGGGCUAAAGAAGGAGAUUGAAGAGUUUGCAUUGCUGUUCAUAGUGUUUGAUGAGAAUAAGUCCUGGUAUUUGGAAGACAACAUAAAAACACAUGUGAAAAAUCCUCCCAGUAAUUUACAGGAGGAUGACGAGUUUAUUGAAAGCAACAAAAUGCAUAGUAUAAAUGGCCUGGUCUUUGGCAACCUUCAUGGGCUGAAUAUGAAUGUGGGAGAUAAGGUGUACUGGUACCUGAUGGGAAUGGGAACUGAAAUAGACAUACACACAGCACAUUUCCAUGGCCACAGCUUUGAGUACAAGGUGAGUGGCGUCCAUCGCAAUGAUGUGUUCGAUUUAUUCCCCGGCACGUUCCAGACAGUCAAAAUGCGCCCUCAGUACCCAGGCACCUGGCUCCUGCACUGCCAUGUCGCUGACCAUGUGUUGUCUGGCAUGGAGACCACAUACACAGUGAAAGAAUCCAAGGGUUAGAGCUGAAGAACUCCAACACACGACCAUUUUUAAGAUUUAAUACCUACUGUAACGCCAAAACCUUUCACAUAUUAUGAAUAAAACUUAUGGUAAUUAAGUGUA